AUGGCCAACGACAAGAAUUUAGCGCUCAUCUACAAGAAGCUGCCCCAAGGCUUUCCCAAGGCCGGACAGGACCUCACCGUCGAGGACCUUGGCGCCGAUGCCGCCAAGUUGCCUUCAGACGGCAUCGUCGCCCGAGUUAUAUAUUCCAGUCUAGAUCCAUAUCUCAGAGGCCUGCUCCGCGACCCAUCAGUCAAAAGCUAUUUCCCACCACUACAGCUCGGUGCUCCCGUGAAGUCAGCUUCGGUCGCCAAAGUCGAACAGUCAAACACCGAGGACUACAAAGUAGGUGACCUCAUCGUCGGCCGCCUCCCCAUCCAACAAGUCGUGGCCAUCUCGGGCGAAGAACUCGAGCAGCUCAAAGCCGCGGGUCUCAACAAGCUGGAUACUACCGGUGGCCCCUCCGACAUCGACCAGUACCUCGGUGUGCUGGGCAUGCCCGGCCUCACCGCGUACUCAUCGCUGUACGAAAUCGGCAAGCCCCAGAAGGGCGAGACCAUCUUCAUCUCUUCUGCCGCUGGCGCCGUCGGCCAGCUCGUCGGGCAACUGGCCAAGCACGAGGGCCUCCGUGUCAUCGGUAGCGUCGGCAACGACGAAAAGCUGCAGUACAUCAAAGACCUUGGCUUCGACGACGGCUUCAACUACAAGACUGAGAAGCCAAUCGACGCUCUGCGGCGGCUUGCCCCGGAUGGGGUGGACAUCUACUACGAGAACGUCGGUGGCGAGCAGCUUGAGGCCGCGCUCGAAUGCAUGAACACUCAUGGUCGGAUCGUUGCGUGUGGUAUGAUCAGUGAUUAUAACGUAAAGAAUCCCGAGGAUCGAUACCCAAUUCGCAACCUCAUGAUGGUGGUUGGGAAGCAGUUGACUAUGCGCGGCUUCUUGGUCGCCAACAAGGACUUUGGCCCCAAGUGGCGUCAAGAACAUCAGCAAAAGGUCCGGGCAUGGCUGAAAGAUGGCAGCUUUAAGGCCAAGAGCCAUGUGUGGAACAUUGAGGACGCUGACAAGGGCUUUGUUGGAAUGUUGCAGGGCGAAAAUCACGGGAAGGCUGUGGUGAAGUUAUAA